GAGGAGCGCGUCCUGCCCUCAGAGGAAACAUCCUCCAAAUGUGGACACACGGAGCAGACUUUGCGCGUUGUUCUGUGCGCUUUUCCUGCAGGUGGACAUGUUGGAUCCGCGCGUAAUUACGCACUAAAACUGGGAUUAAAACAACUUUUAAACCUUUUUUUCCUUUACAAUCAACAAGGAGAUGUUGGCGAGAAAAAGCAUCAUCCCGGAGGAGUUCGGACUCCCGGGGCUCGCCUCUCGGAUGCCCCGAAAACCGGUGUUCAGGGACCGCGUGAACAAGGCGCGCUUCAUCGCCAAAAACGGAUCGUGUAACUUGGCUCACAAGAACAUCCGGGAACAGGGGAGAUUCCUGCAGGACGUUUUCACCACGCUGGUGGACCUGAAGUGGCGCUUCACGCUGGUCAUCUUCACUACCACCUUCGUCAGCAGCUGGCUGCUGUUCGCCAUGAGCUGGUGGCUCGUGGCGUUUGCGCACGGGGACCUGGACCCUUUGCGGGCGAACGGAAAACACUGCGUCACCGACGUCCAGUCGUUCACGUCGGCCUUCCUGUUCUCCAUCGAGGUUCAGGUGACCAUCGGCUUCGGGGGGCGGAUGAUAACGGAGCACUGUCCCACCGCCAUCACCGUCCUCAUCAUGCAGAACAUCGUGGGGCUCAUCAUCAACGCCGUCAUGCUGGGUUGUAUCUUCAUGAAGACGGCUCAGUCGAACCGCCGAGCGGAGACGCUGAUCUUCAGCCGGCACGCCGUCAUCGCCGUCAGAAACAACUGCCUCUGUUUCAUGAUCCGCAUCGGAGACCUGAGGAAGAGCAUGAUCAUCGGAGCCACCGUCAGGCUGCAGGUGGUGAGGAAGACGACGACCCCUGAGGGCGAGGUGAUCCCCAUCCAUCAGAUCGAUGUUCAGACGGAGACGGUCGUCGCCAGCAACAGCCUCUUCCUGUUGGCUCCGCUCAUCAUCUGCCACGUCAUCGACAAACACAGCCCGCUGUACGACCUGUCAGCGAUGGAGCUGCAGUGCAGCGAUCUGGAGGUGAUCGUGAUCCUGGAGGGCGUCGUGGAGACGACCGGCAUCACAACCCAGGCCAGAACCUCCUACGUCUCCGAGGAGAUCCAGUGGGGGCACCGCUUCGUUCCCAUAGUGACGGAGGAGGAGGGCGUCUACUCCGUGGAUUACUCCAAGUUUGGGAACACCGUCAAGGUGACGACCCCCCGCUGCAGCGCCAGAGAGCUCGACGAGAAGCCCUCCAUCCUGAUCCAGACCCUGCAGAAGAGCGAGCUGUCGCACCAGAACUCGCUGAGGAAGAGGAACUCCAUGCGGCGCAACAACUCCAUGCGUAAAGGCGCGGCGGCGGGGGGGAGCAGGGGUCUGAGGAGGAACAACUCGGGCAUCGCCUCCACCAAGGUGCAGUUCUACAGCCCCAGCGAUGGAGGCCAGAGCCUGAACGCAGUUACCUGACAUGAGGCCAGCCUCCUGCCCGCUGCCUGUCUCCUCCUGGUGGUGAGGAGGAUUCUGGGUAUUGGAGUUUCUCCUGCUCUGAUGGGACUCGCUCUUCUCCUGUUACCUGCCCUACCAAAACUCCUCUCUUCUAACAAUUCUAUUUUUUAUGAAACUUUUUUCUGCACUUAAUUUCCGCCCACUGAAAGUCACCACAAUCCAAUCUUUUAAUCUCUUAUUAUUAAAAUUAAAGCAAUACUUUUAAAACAUUGGUGCCUUUUUUUUUACCACUUUUGGGAGAUUUAUUUUCUUACUGAUUGAGAUCACAGUUAACCUACUAUUAGUGGAAGAUAAUGGCAAUAAAUCACGGUACUGUAAGUGUGUGAUUUCACCUUUUUUGUCUGUGUGUUGUUUGAGAAUAAAUCCACUUCCU